AUGGCUGCCCCGCCCCCUGGAUAUCCGACGACGACUUCAUCGGGCUAUGGAGCGCCGCCACCCUAUGGCCAACCACAAUAUCCACAAUAUCCACAAUAUCCCCAGCAAGGCUAUCCCCAGCAAGGCUAUCCCCAGCAAGGUUAUCCCCAACAAGGCUAUCCCCAACAAGGCUAUCCUCAGCAGGGCUAUCCCCAGCAAGGUUAUCCUCAGCAGGGCUAUCCCCAGCAAGGCUAUGUGCAGCAGAACCAGCAACAGACGGGCCGCCCACAGCAACAGAAUAACAAUGGGGAGAGCUUUCUAGCGGGCAUGGCCGCUUGCUGUGCCAUUUGCUGUCUCUGUGACUUAAUGACGUAA